AUACCCUAGAUAUAGAAUAGAUUCUAAAGUGUUAAUUAUUGGUGUAAGUCGUGUAACUCAAUGAUGCAAUUAUAGUCUAUAAUAAGCCCAACGUUGAACAUUUUUCUUCAGUUUGUUCUUUGGUUUAACUACUAGCCAACAACAUUAUUUUGUUGUUAACAGUUUUCCAACAUUAAAACAUUUCCUUACUAUAAUUAGCGUUAUGUAUUCAAUAAAAAUAAUUAGACAAACAUCUACAGUACGUUUGUCAAUUAAACAAUUUCCAAUACAGUUAAAAUAUAAAUCCUCAGAUUCCAAAAAAGAGGAUUUAAUAGAAAAAAUUAAAAUGAAAACACCAAUUGGAAAAUUAGAUGAAAUUGAAGCUGGUAAACAUCCAUUUCAAGAAAAAGAGCCAUUGAAAGAAUGGCCUGAAGGUCGAAAUCCAGCAACAGGAGAAAAAAAUGGUCCAAAAGGACCUGAACCAACUAGAUAUGGUGAUUGGGAAAGAAAAGGAAGAGUGACAGAUUUUUAAAUUCAAUACAUAUAUAUAAUAUAAAUCAUUUGUUUAUAAUUAAAUAUCUAUAGUAGGUAAAUUGUAAAUUAUAUUUUUAAGAUAAUAGUAAAAAAAAACUAAUGCAA